GUGGGCGGGACUAACCGUUCUCCCGCUCGCCCGCGGGGCGCGCCGGGCCAAUCCGUGCUGGGGCGUCGGCCGCAGCCCCGCCCCUGCCUUGCCAGCCCCGCGGAGCGCGAUGGCCGUAGCGGCGAGGAGCCUGGCGCGGGCCGGCCGGGCCUGGCCGCUGCGGCGCUGGUACCGCACGGAGCGGGGGGUGUACGGCUACAAGCCCCGCAAGGCGGAGAGCGCGGACGCCCCGGAGCCAAGCAGGGUCUGCGUGGGCGGCAGAGCAGCUGAUCAUGGCCUUGCUCGUUUAGUAACUGCAUACUGUGAACAUGGCCACAAAGCUGCCAAAAUUAACCCUUUGUUUGCUGGCCAAGCUGUGAUGGACAUGGUACCUGAAAUUCGAGUGCUGACAGAAGUGCUUCAGGGACCUUUCAAUACCACAGGGCUCCUGAACAUGGGAAAGGAAGAGGCUUCCUUAGAGGACGUGUUGACUUAUCUUGACCACAUAUAUUGUGGACAUAUUUCUAUAGAAACAAGUCAGCUGUCAAGCUUGGAGGAGAGAGAAUGGUUUGCUAAAAGGUUUGAGCAAUUAAAACAGGAGGCAUUUACAACAGAAGAGAGAAAGCAUUUGUCUAAAGUGAUGCUAGAAUCUCAGGAGUUUGACCGCUUCUUGGCCAACAAAUUUGCCACAGUGAAACGAUUCAGUGGUGAAGGAGCAGAGAGCAUGAUGGGGUUUUUUCAUGAGUUGCUAAAGAUGUGUGUGUACACUGGGGUGACAGACAUCAUUCUUGGAAUGCCUCAUCGAGGAAGGCUUAAUCUCCUCACUGGGCUGCUUCAGUUUCCACCUGAGCUGAUGUUCCGUAAAAUGCGUGGCUUAAGUGAGUUUCCAGAGAAUUCGCCAGCGAUUGGGGAUGUCCUGUCCCACCUGACAACCUCUGUAGAUCUAGACUUUGGUUCACACCGCCCUCUGCAUGUCACCAUGUUGCCUAAUCCAUCACAUCUAGAAGCAAUUAAUCCGGUGGCUGUUGGCAAGACACGCGGAAGACAACAGUCUCUUCUUGAUGGAGACUACUCGCUAGACUGUGCCGCACAACCUGGAGACAAAGUCAUCUGCCUACAGGUUCAUGGUGAUGCUGCUUUCUCUGGUCAAGGGAUUGUUCCUGAAACGUUGACACUCUCUAACCUCCCACAUUUCAGAGUUGGUGGAAGCAUCCAUUUGAUUGUUAAUAAUCAGCUGGGUUACACCACUCCUCCAGAGCGAGGAAGAUCUUCACUAUACUGUAGCGAUAUUGGUAAGAUAAUUGGGUGUGCAGUUAUCCAUGUGAAUGGUGACGAUGCUGAAGAAGUCAUCAGAGCGACGCGAUUAGCUGUUGAAUACCAGCGCUGCUUCCGCAGGGAUGUGAUUGUGGACUUGCUGUGCUACAGACAGUGGGGCCACAAUGAACUCGAUGAGCCAUUCUUCACCAACCCCAGCAUGUAUAAAAUCAUCAGAUCCCGUAAGAGUAUCCCAGACAUGUAUGCAGAGCGUCUAAUAGCCAGUGGGCUCAUGACUGAGGAUGAGGUAUUGGAGAUAAAGACUUCAUAUUACUCCAAGCUGAAUGAUCAUCUAGCCAACAUGAUGAUGUAUAGCCCCCCUUCGACCAACCUGCAAGCUCACUGGAGUGGCAUGGUGGAACCCUCUGCUAGGAUCACCAUUUGGGACACAGGCCUGCCUGUGCCACUCCUGCAGUUCAUCGGCAUCAAGUCUGUGGAGGUGCCUGAAGAGCUCCAGAUGCACAGUCAUCUUUUGAGGACAUAUGUACAGGCAAGAAUACAGAAAGUGAAGGAAGGAACAAAGUUGGACUGGGCUACAGCUGAAACAUUAGCUUUUGGUUCACUGCUCAGCCAAGGGUUUAAUAUCCGACUAAGUGGUCAGGAUGUUGGCAGAGGAACAUUCAGCCAACGACACGCAAUGUUGGUUUGCCAAGAGACAGAUGAAACCUAUAUCCCGCUGAAUCAUAUGUCUCCGGAUCAGAAAGGCUUCCUAGAGGUGAGCAAUAGCCCCCUGUCUGAAGAAGCUGUGCUUGGUUUUGAGUAUGGAAUGAGUAUUGAAAGCCCCAAUUUACUGCCAAUUUGGGAGGCCCAGUUUGGUGAUUUCUUUAAUGGAGCCCAGAUAAUAUUUGACACUUUCAUCUCUGGAGGUGAAGCUAAGUGGCUCCUGCAGAGCGGGAUAGUCAUUCUUCUUCCCCACGGCUAUGAGGGUGCAGGCCCUGAACACUCUUCCUGCCGAAUGGAACGUUUCUUACAGAUGUGUGACAGUGCAGAAGAGGGAGUUGAUGGUGACAACGUGAACAUGUCAGUUGUGCAUCCAACCACCCCAGCACAGUAUUUCCAUUUGCUCCGUAGGCAGAUGAUCCGAAACUUCCGGAAACCUUUAAUUGUUGCUUCUCCCAAAAUGCUACUCAGAUUUCCAGGGGCAGUGUCAAAUUUUCAAGAAAUGGCCCCAGGGACAACAUUCAAGCCUGUAAUUGGUGAUUUGUCAGUGGAUCCUAACAGCAUCAGCCGAGUGGUGCUGUGUUCUGGCAAGCAUUACUAUGCUUUGAUGAAACAGAGAGAGGCACUAGGAGAGAAGCAGCACAGUACUGCUAUCGUCAGACUAGAAGAACUGUGUCCUUUCCCCCUGGAAGCUCUACAACAAGAGAUGAACAAGUACAAAAAUGCCAAAGAUUUUAUUUGGAGUCAGGAGGAGCCACAGAACAUGGGUCCCUGGGCCUUCGUGUCACCAAGGUUUGAGAAGCAGUUGGGAUGUAAGGGGGAGUACUUGUGGAACAUUGUGUGGCAUUUUCCUGAGGUUAAUAGCAACACUAGCAUUGGCCUUUCUGGUCGUCUUUAGGUAUGCUGCAUAGAGUAGUAUUGCAACAGCAGAUCUCAAACUUUUGCUAGUUAUAAUAGUCAGUAUAAGCAGCCAUAUCUAGCGUUCUUUACAUUCUAUCUGUUAGGUUCUGGAGAAUGUUAGGCAUCUCUUAGUAAAUGAGCUCCAAGAAAAAACAGAAAGUCAUAGCUGGACCAGUGAGUCUCCAGUGUUGUGUAGUCUGCUGGCAUCUACUCAUUGUCCACAGCUGGGACCGAAUGCAGAGUGUGUACUAACCUACUGCCUUCACUCAACAAACCCUAUUUGAAUUGGGGCACUUCAGAGUUCAGCCCUGUGGUAUAUUACCCCUUACUCCCCUGCUGUCUUUGCUCUCCUCUAUUUAAUACUGCAUCAGUAUAGCACUUGUCUUUCUCCCCCUUCCCUCCCCCAAAAAGUGGGCUCUACAUAAUCUCCUUCCUCUACCAAGUUGACAGUGAUGUCUUGUCAAUGACAAACUUGCAGACAGUUGCAUGCAUAAAGUCUAAACGCAGAGCUAUGCCUAAGUCCCUACACUUCUCCUUGGGGGAACAGUCUCUGUUUAUUGACCAUCUUCCUAUACUUUCCUCCCAGAAAUUUUAGUUCUGUCCAUUUCGGGGAAUGAAGAGGAUAUGCUCUUAUUUUCUAUUCCUGUUUGACUUCAUAUGGUAGGGGUAGUACUGAAGCUUUAGAGCGGUGAUGUAGGUUGAUAGUUGUUUAAACCUGUGUAGGCAUUGUUACAUAUUAGCACUCUACAACCACAUAAAAAGACAACUCUCUCUUCCUUGAAAAGCUCAGUUUGACCAAAGAGACUCUCAAAUAAGAGGAGAGAAUGAAAUACAACUCCUUUCCCCCCCCCCCCCUCACAAAUUACUUGUCAAUUUAUAUGUAUAUUUUGUCCUAUUAAGCCCAUUUGCAUCUGCUGGAAUCCUGUCUUUUUGAAUUAAACUUGAACCCAUUUGUUCUUUGUCA